ACUUAAUUUAUCUUAUACUAGCUUGUAAUAUGUCAUUGCUACUCUCAAAGCAUCCUAUACCCUUCUACUACUGCAUAGGUAUUAAAAUUAUGGCUAGAUCAAAGAGAUUGAGACAGUGUGAGAUCACAACAGAGGAUGAAGUUCAAUUGAAUGGUAAUGAACAAUCUCCUGUCUUACAAACACAGCAUAUCAUAGAACAUGAUGCAGAUGCAAGUUCAAAUAGUGAUUCUGAUUCUGCUUCUGAAAAUGAACCUCAAGUUCAAGAACAAGUGGAUCAUGAAUAUAAUGACACAUUAGAGAUAGAAGAUGACCAAGGACACACAACGAAUAAACGAGGAAUGACACGUGCUAAGGAUGUAUGGAACUUGCCUAAUGGGCAAAGAAUUGUAAUUAAAUGUAACAAAUUUGGGCAGCCAGUGAAGAAAGGGGGUGGCAUCCUUGGAGGUUGGCUUGGGACUCUUUCACGAAAAGGAAAUUUCUGUUCUCUUAGCUACAAUAGUUGGAAGAAAGUGCCUAACACAGUGAAAACCGAACUUAUUCAACUAACUCGGACUAAAUUUAAACUGCCAAUGGACAAUAAUGUCAAUGCAUGGAUAUUAAAAUCAGUUAGUCGAAAAUGGAAGGAUUAUAAAUGUGAACUAAAAGCAAAGUAUAUGAUAGAGGACUACACAGAGCAACAAAUAGUGAAUGUUGUUCCCAAGGAAAUUGUGCCUCAACAGUGGGUAGACCUUGUGCAUUACUGGUUUUCGGAAAAAAGUCAGUUAUACUCUCGGAUAGGGCGGGCAUCACGUGCAAAACAUACAACUCCUCACACAACAGGCUCUAUGUCUUUUGCUAGGAAAAGACAAGAAUUUGAAGAGAAAAAUCAAAGAGAACCUGGACGUAUUGAAUUUUUUGCAAUUACUCACAAAUCAAAAGAUGGGAGUUAUAUUAAUACUGCAGCAAGUAACUUCGUAAGUGAUGCCAUGGUAAAAGUGAAUGCUAGUAUCACUUCAGGAUCUUCAGUUUCAGCUUCUGAGUUGGAGAAUAAUGCUUUUAUUGGCAUGAAGGGAAAAGAUCGAUAUGGUCGAGUAAGAGGGUAUGGGAUUGGUGUAGUGCCAACACAAGUAUUUGGGCCACAAGCAUAUAUUGGAAAUGUUCGAUAUGAUGAUAAUAUAGAAGAAGUACAAAGAUUGAAAUCAAAAAUACAACUGAUUCAAGAUACAUAUGAGUCAAGAUUGGUUGGAAUGCAAGAAGAAUAUGAAUCAAAAUUAGAUAUGAUACAUCAAAAUUAUGAAUCACGCAUGAGUGGGAUGCAAUCUCAGUUGAAUGAAGUCACUUCUAUAUUGUUAAACUUUGUCAGACCAUCUGAUAUUUUAGGUGCCGAGCCAAGGGGUCGUACAUCAACUUAGAGAAUUUGUUUAAUUCCUCAUUUUGAGCUUUACUGGCAUUAAAACUCAAAUAGUUUAUCAUAUAUAUUUUAUUAUGUUGAUAAUUUUGGGUUUUGUAUUUAGUGAAAUUGUUAUGUUGAUCAUUUUGGGUUUUGUAUUUAGUGAAAUUGAAACAAUUCUGUAUCACUUUUUGUUUUAAAUUUGAAUUGUUCAAUGUUAACUAGUU